UUCAUUAUCUGCGGGGUCUCACUCUCUCCUUUUAUAUUCCCUAGAGGUGAAAUGCUGAGUGACGGAGCCGUUGCCAUUGCAAUGGUUCAACAUCGGGUCACGAUUGUACAAUCGGCACGAUCACAUUCUCGGUGCGACGGGUGGCUGGACGUGUAUACUUUCAUGCCCUUUGGCGAAAGGCUCUUUCUCGAGACACACGUGCCGACAGCGCGCAUCGCACCUUCAGAUCUCCUCGCCAUUUUCCCUUCAAGCGAUGUUUUUCACACAACGACACAGGGGAUGCUACAGCUUCCCCAGAAAGCGUUCGCAGAGUUCAUGGAGUUGACGUCCUGGAACCAGAAGCGGUAUGAAGACCUGUGGAGUAAAUGGAUUGCAUCCAAAUGAUAGGAUGACAAGUGAGGUGCAGCAUUCCAGGUUUAUCGACCAUGAAUCUUAGAGCACUGCAGAGUACCCAUUUCAUCCCCCACAUUGUAGCCAUAGUAUCAUCACCUGUAUCGAUAUUGAUCAAGAUUCUGUAUGUACGCAUGCCCUAGACCGGU